AAAAUACAGCCAGAGUUGCGUGAAUUAGUGAACAACUAUAAGCCGGAUAUAAUCUGGUCGGACGGUAAUGGAGGCGGAGAUCCCAAGUACUGGAAGAGUGAGGAGUUCUUGGCCUGGCUUUACACCGAUAGUCCCGUUAAGGAUACUGUUGUUGUGAAUGACAGAUGGGGGGAGGGCUCCGAUGGACAUCAUGGAGACUUCUAUAACUUUGCCGACAGUUUUAACCCGGGUGUUUUAGUGCCACACAAAUGGGAACACAUUGAUACCAUUAGUAAAGGUGCGUGGGGUUACAAACGUAAUGUCAAUCUAUGGGACUAUUUAACACCAUUGGAAAUGCUCAGACAAUUGGUCAUGGCUAUUAGUUGCGGCGGAAACAUGAUGUUCAAUAUCGGGCCCACAAAGGAGGGCACCAUUACUCCCAUUUUCGAGGAACGGUUGAGACAACUGGGAGAUUGGCUUAAUGUGAACGGAGAGGCUAUAUAUAAGAGCAAACCCUGGACUCAUCAAAACGAUACGCUAACUAAAGAUGUUUGGUAUACCCAAAAUGGCCAGGCUGUUUACGCAAUGGUAUUGUUUUGGCCCAAAACUAAUGAGGUGGAAUUGGGAUCAGUUGCACACACCUCAGUCAGUAAUGUGCAAAUGUUGGGAGUGGAGGGAAAUCUGGAGCAUAAGGCAGGUGCUGACGACCAUACAAUUGUUACCUUUCCUCACGUCGCUCCUGAAAGCCUGAAAACGAGUUUGAUUUUUGUGUCGGCAAUACUUGUGACAUAUGUAUUGAGUGCACCCAAUGCUACGAAACCCGGUGCCAGAUAUGAUCCUAAAUGGGAUUCACUGGACAAGCGUCCCAUUCCGGGCUGGUAUGACGAGGCAAAGGUCGGUAUUUUCAUACAUUGGGGCGUUUUCUCUGUGCCCUCUUAUAUGGACGAGUGGCACUGGAAGGCCUAUAAGAAAGAAGAGAUAGUUCAGGCUGUGGUAGACUUCAUGAAAGCCAAUUACCCGCCCAACUGGACGUAUCAGGACUUUGCCAAUCAAUUCACGGCUGAAUUCUUUGACCCAAACCAUUGGGCGGAUGUCUUCAAUUGGAACGCCAUGGAUGUCGGACCCAAUCGGGAUUUAGUCGGUGACGUAUCAAAGGCUGUCCGUGCGGCUGGCCUUAAGUUCGGUACUUAUCACUCGUUGUUUGAAUGGUUUAAUCCACUCUUCAGAGCUGAUGCCGACAGUGGAUUCAAGACCCAAACAUAUGUCGACACUAAAGAAAAUCCAGAAUUAUAUGAAUUAGUGAACACAUAUCAGCCGGACUUGAUUUGGUCGGAUGGGGCCGGCGGUGGAAACUCUCAGUACUGGAAAAGCGAGGCAUUCCUCGCCUGGCUUUACAACGAUAGUCCCGUUAAGGAUACGGUUGUCGUGAAUGACAGAUGGGGAUCUGAGACCGACGGUCACCAUGGUGAUUUCUACAACUACGAUGACAAUUACAACCCUGGUAAGUUGAUGCCUCAUAAGUGGGAGAAUGCGGCCACACUCAUGAAGGGCUCGUGGGGUUAUCACCGCAAUAUCGAUCUCAACGGUAUUAUGAGUCCAUUGGAAAUACUCACACAACUCGCACAGACUAUUAGUUGUGGCGGAAAUAUAUUGCUUAACGUCGGGCCCACCAAAGAGGGCACUAUUAUUCCCGUUUUGGAGGAACGGUUGCGAGGACUGGGAGAUUGGCUUAAUGUGAAUGGAGAGGCUAUAUAUAAGAGCAAACCCUGGACUCAUCAAAACGAUACGCUAACUAAAGAUGUUUGGUAUACGCAAAAUGGCCAGGCUGUUUACGCAAUGGUAUUGUUUUGGCCCAAAAAUAAUGAGGUGGAGUUGGGAUCAGUUGCACACACCUCAGUCAGUAAUGUGCAAAUGUUGGGAGUGGAGGGCAAUCUGGAGCAUAAGGCAGGUGCUGACGACCAUACAAUUGUUACCUUUCCUCACGUCGCUCCUGAAAGCCUGAAAACGUUAAAAGUACUGUACAAUAGUAAUCUAGCUCACCUAUUGGGUGCA